AUGUCAGACUUCAUCGAACCGGCCGCCACGGUAGCGAAGCGUGACUCACCCGUGCACCAGUCUUUGGAAGAGAUAGAGGGCGAUCUCCCUAUGGACGAGUCAAUAAUUUCACUAUUCCCUCCCGGUUCUGUUGUGCUCUCGGCCGAAUCAUACGGUUCAUCCGCAUGGACACAGACGGGCUGCAUAACUGUCGAAUUACGCGACGGGGACUUGAAAAAGUACUUCUUGAAGCUCGCACUAAGAGACCAUGGGAAAAAAAUGCUGCAUGGCGAGUUCGCAGCUAAUUGUGCCAUCGACUCCUUGUGCCCAGGAUUGGUCCCCAAACCUCUUGGUUGGGGCAAGUUCAAUGUCGGUUUUCCCGAGACUCACUUCAUAAUAGGUGAUUUCAAGGACAUACAGUUGGGCCUCCCAGAUCCGAUCAAGCUUGCAAAGCGAGUGCUUCAGCUGCAUAGUAACAUUGCACCCAAUGGCAUGUUUGGAUUUCAUGUGACAACCUUUAACGGCAAGGUCAACCACGUCACAGAUUGGGACCCAAGCUGGCGGAAGUUCUUCACUCGGCUGCUAUCCAAUACGCUCAGGGUCGAUGCAGAAGCGAACGGCCACUGGCCAGAAUUGGAUGCUGUGGCCGAUCAGUUGCUCUCUGCUGUGUGUCCGAGACUUCUCGAUGUGCUACAGACUGGAUCUGAGCCCAUUUCUCCCAGGCUCAUUCACGCCAACAUUUGGGCGGGGAAUACGGGCACCGAUGAGGAGACUGGUGAUGUCCUCCUAUACGACUCAGGGUGCUACUACGCUCAUAACGAAAUGGAGUUGGGUAUGUGGCGACGUGAUGCUGCACACUAUUUGGGCCAGAGAUACCUUCACGAGUACCAGCAAUUGUUCCCUCCCUCUUCCCCAAAGUCAGAAUUCGACGACAGGAACAGGUUGUACUGUCUACAUUACCUCAUCAACUAUUCUGCGGGCCAUCCAGAAGCUAUAAGCAGACACACCGCGCUCAAUGAUAUGGCCUACCUUUGUGAGAAAUACGCGCCGCUGGAGGGACUCCCGAAGUAUGACUCUCAAAAAGAUCCAGCGAUACGCAAGGAGGUGGAUAUGGGCGCGGAUAACAGCAGUUGUUGA